AUCCGAACUGCAACUGCCACUGCGACAGCAGCGAUUCGUGAAACCACCAUAUUUUCGAGGCAUCAGAACCUACGGUUCUCGGUCGCUCAUCAUGGAUCAAGGAGCUCAAGGAGAGCUGAACUGGCGUCUAAGCUCCCACCCGAUCACACUACUUGUCUUCUUGGGUAUCCGCAUUGGUGCCCUGAUGAUGUAUCUCUUCGGCCUUCUGUUCAUCGAAAACUUCGUACUCGUCUUCAUCCUGACACUCCUCCUUCUCUCGGCCGACUUCUACUACCUGAAAAACAUUGCUGGGCGGCGACUAGUUGGACUACGGUGGUGGAACGAGGUUAACACAACCUCCGGUGACUCGCACUGGGUCUUCGAAUCCUCCGACCCCAAUGUUCGCACAAUCACAGCUACGGACAAACGGUUCUUCUGGUUGAGUUUGUAUGUGACACCGGCUCUGUGGGUGGGUUUGGCUAUUCUGGCGAUUGUGAGACUAGUUAGCGUGAUCUGGCUCAGUCUAGUUGCCAUUGCCCUCAUUCUGACUAUUACAAACACCGUGGCCUUCUCUCGAUGUGAUAAGUUCAGCCAGGCUUCGACUUUCGCGAACAGCGCUCUUGGAGGUGGCAUUGUGAACAAUUUGGCUAGUGGCCUGCUGGGCAGGUUCUUCCGGUGAUUUGAUGCAAUCAUCAGAUUUGCACAAUAUUCAUCUGCUAGAAAAUAGUGAUGACCCUUUUAUCAAGACUUCUACUCCAUGUAUGCUUAAAGUGUUUUCAUACAGCAAUCAAUUUGGAUGUGUUAUACCAAAGC